GCUUCUCUCUCCAGCCUCCCCGGUGGCGUCCCGCCGCUGUUGCACCGCACAAUGGUUGUGAGUUUUCGACGUCACUACACUUUUCAGCGCCAGUUUGAAUGGUGGAUGGACGGCUGACAUCGACCAGUGCCACGCUGUGUGGAAAUUGCUAACCGGUAAAUUAUGUUUAGUUGAAUGAAAAAUUGAACAGUGAACGAACAGGUAAAAUGCGCAAACUACUUUUCUUCCCGGGGAAAAUUAGUGUCACAUUUCGCAAAGGACCACUUGGAUACCUGCGCCAGGAUCCUACUGAUGCAGCCAAACUGUUAAAAGACAACUCGUCUCUACAAGACAAGUCUGCACCUGUGAAAGAAGAGCUGGUGAAAACAAAUGCUCUCACAGUGGUCUGUCAGAGAGGAGGGGAUGCCUCAGACAAAACAGAGGUGUUUGGAGAGUACAUCCUGCAGUUUGGGAAGUACAAGGGGAAGUCUUUCCGCUGGCUCCUUGAGAAUGACAUCGGGUAUACCAUCUACCUACUCAAGAGUCAUGAAAAGGAAGAAGCUGCAGGAGUCUUCAUGGCAGAGGGACACAGCAAGGACAGCCUACUGUCAUUUGUGAGCUAUGCCCUCAGCUUUAAAGAAAUCCAUUCUCUCCUCAGCUAUGACUCCAAAAAGCCGGUUUUGACAGCAGCAGCAGCAUCAGAGGAUGACCAGCUGGUUGGUUUUGGCUCUCGCGCCAGCAACACCUGGCGAGAGAUUUGGGACAGCAGGGAUGAUGGCUAUGCAGCCUUUAUACUGAAGAAAGGCUGUGCUCCAGGGACUAAGAUGCACAAGUUGCAGCGAUACCUGCAAAAGUAGCAGCAUCCAGCCUAUGACCCUCCUCUGACGACACCAACCUCACAUGCUCCUGCUGAAGCCAUGGUGAUGGAUGAAGAUGAAGAGCUGGAGACAGCGAUGCUGAGUAUCUCACCUUCCAAACAACCUCAGAGCUCUGUUGCUGCUGCACCCACAUCAUCAACUGCCAGACGGCGACAGACUUCAGGACCAGAAAGAGGUUCUUAACCAAAAACGUCCUGCAUCAACGGACAACUCUGGGAUCAUGAAUUUUAUUUUUUGUUUCAGGGAUUGCUGUGCAGCAUUUAAGGUGGCAGAAUCUUGUGCAGGAGAGCAUCGAAACUGGGACGCUUGGAGAACAACUGAUGCCAUUGUUGCUGAGGCCACUUCUGGUAACCUGCUGAACACGUGUGCAUCAAGAUGCCAUUACAAUACGAACAUAACCAUUAAGCUGGACUUGUUCCAUUGUAUGAGGCAGUUCCUCCGUGAGUGUGUUUCAGAGCAUCAUCUCCUGUACAGCUCUUUUGCCCAGUUCCUGUCUGCAGCCUUUUCUGUGGGGGAUCAGGAAGACCUGCAGAGGCUCAAAGACGCCUAUACCUUUUGUGGAAUUCAAUCUGCCAACCCGACAAAGAAACACAUUCGCGGGCACUGCAGGACUAAGAUUCCACAACCCGAGGAGCUUGUCCAGAGAGUUGAGCGAGUAUUCCAACUCUUCUACCUGGCCAAAGAUCCGAAUGAUGUCCCUCUCUUUAAGCUGUCCAUGCUGAAGGCAUGGCGGAUUCAGCGUGUGCACAUCCUGCGAGGUUGCCUUAGUGAUCCCCAGGUGGAAGGUGGGAUCUUGUACAGGCAUGGAGGAACAGUGCAGCUGAACCAUGUGCAGGGUGAAGGAGCUAAAUUUCCUGUUUGGAUCCCCAUUAGAGGCACAUCUCAGCAAGAGGGUUACCACUUCCAUCAGGCUCCAUGGGUGACUGGAACACACAUUUCCUCAGAGCUGUUUCAAGCUCAAGGGAUGACGGUUGUGGCACGGUGGAAUUACCAGCGGCUGGUGGACUUGAAGCAGCCAGAUGUUCGUCUUCCAGCUGUCUUUGAUCCAGCUUUGAUUGCAGAUCUCAAUGCAGUCUCUGAACGGGUGUUUGGGGAAGAGAAGUAUCCUGUUUUUCAUCUCUCUAGCAGAGACACUGGUGAAAAGUUUGGGCUAGAGUAUGUUGAGCCUGAUUGCCACCCAGUUCCUCUAGACUGGGAUAAGCACAGGAGCAAGACAGACUCUACAGAUGCCCUAAGUCCACCUCCUCAAAUCAGCCCGCCCCCUGUGCCAUCUGAGCUUCCUCAGUCAUCAUCCACGGCUCCAACCAAGCUGUUUCAGUUCCCUGUGUGCCCUCCUGCUGAUGUUGCUGUGAAACCAGAUGUGGAUCCAAGUUCAGCUCCUGAUCCUCAGACAGAACCAGAAACUACAUACCCACCAUCUCUGCCCCAGCUGUCCUCACCAACUGCUGCUCGCACUGGACCUGUGAAGACUGGUGGGAGAGUCUUUGUGUUAGACCACAGGCGCUGGUCAGCCCCCAUGAAGAAGGCCAUCGACGACCUGCUCAACAAACACCGUGGGCAGAAGGACAUGCUCAAGCAUGUGGACAAGGACUAUGCUGCUCUCGUUCACAGCUCGUGUAAUGACCCAAAUAGCAUGCUCCACCCAACAACCAAAUUACACAUUUCACAAUAUUUAAAGCACCUGGCCAAGUUGAUGAACACCAGCUCCUCUUUAAACACUAGCCCAGAAAAACUCCAAGACAGGCAGCAACUCUGGCACUCUCUGACAUUAGGGAGUGAAACCACAAGUGUGCCAGUUGUUACCAUGCCUGUCGCAACAGUAAACCCACCUCCACCUGCUCAGACCCUGGCCACACCUCUAACCCAAGACUCCAUCGAGAAGAUCGUUAAAAACAUCAUGGAGAGGCAGCAACAGCCACAACAACAACCAGGAAAAAAGAAGCCACAGACAAAAACGUGUCUUUUCUGUGGCCAGCCAAAGUCCAGAUAUGAGAACGAUGGUUCCAUCCACUUCUUCUUCCAACAAGGUCCUGUCAGAUACUUUUACUGCUCCAAUAAGGUUUUUAAAACUUAUGGUGCAGAAGGUUUGACAAACCCUGAAAUGACUUUGCAGGGACAGAAUUCUUUCAGCGGGAACUGGAUGCCACAAAGAAGAAUGUGGAGGUGAGAGGACAACAGAAAAGAAAAAGGGCAGAAUCGCGGCACACAGGUCGAAAGUGUCGAUUCUGUAAAAUGGAACUGAAGCAGGGCCCAAACAGUCCUCAUAUUCAUGCAGGCUUCCCUGGAGUGGUGGGGAAAUACAUUUAAUGCCCAGCAAAAGCCUUUUCACUAUACAAAGAUCAGGGCCUGGAAAGAGUUCCAGGAGUCUCAUUUUUAUGAGAUGGAAAGACAGAGAUGGGAAGUUGAAAAGGGAAAAUGAGACAGGGAGAGGGAGAGUGUUUUGUCAUGUGUGUAAAUAUCUUUUGCUCAUUUUAUCCUUAUUUAAAAGUACUCAUUUUUCUAUUUAGUAUUUUAUAAGACUGCUAUUUUUAUGUGUCAAAUUGAGGAAGUGUUCUAUUUUCAAACCGCGAGUUCUGCAAUUUCAAAUCUUUCUGUAUAUUGAAUUAAUCUGGUUACCUUUGCUGGACCCUCUGGUGGCUCACUCAUUUCAAUUAUUUGUGUGCCUCAGAAGUUAGUUUUGCUCUGUCAAAGGACUAGCAGAACCUGCAACUAUUUAAUAUUCUAUUAUACUAGUGCUGCAACAGUUAUUCAAUAAAUCGAUUAGGUGUAGACUAUUAAAUUAAUCUAUUAAUAGUUUAUAUUAAACUAGUUUGAUGAUUGAUUAAUCAUUUGGAGUCUUUCUUUUUUAAGAAAAAAAAGACCAAAUUUUCUUAGUCCAGCUUCUCCAAUGUUAAUAUUUUCUGGAGAACACCCUCAGUCCAACAGUCCUCAGCAGCUGGAACAGGAACACAGUCAGGAGGACUGUCUUGGAGAGAGAGGAGAACGAGGGUGAGAAAAUAGAGCCAAAAUCAAGAAAGCAGUGUGUCUAAAUACAUUAAAACAAGGCAAUAAGUUCAACAAACCAUUUCAAGUAGAGUUGCAAUGAUUAGCAGAUUCAUCAGUUAGUUGCCAACUAUUCUGAUAAUUGAUUAAUCGUUUUGUCAUUUUAAAAAAAACAACAACUAAAUUCUCUGAUU